UGUUGGUUCAUUUUUCUUUUUAAAACAUCACAUUUAACAUUUAAAAAUUUUUUGGUUUUGUCUAGCAUAACAGUUCCUCUUUAGUCUUUCAAACUUACUGUUUAAUAAUAAGUAAAAGUGAUAAUACUGAAUAACUACUAAGUAAUUGAUUGAAGUAUAUUUUGAAAAAUCAACUGUAUUAACAGAAUAUUUAAAGAAUAAAAAAGUACUAUGGCUAACCCAAAAGCAUAUUUACAUGAAUGGUGUUCAAAAAAAUCGUUGGAACCACAAUUUGAAGUCAAACAAUCUGGCAAUAAAUUUGGUCAGCGUUUUAUUUGUGAACUUUCGGUACCGGGCUAUAAUUAUGUUGGAGCCGGAAAUUCUACCAAUAAAAAAGAUGCUCAAGCAAAUGCAUCAAAAGAUUUUCUUCAAUUUUUGAUUCGUCAAGGAGCCAUCAGUGCUGAUUCACUUCCAGGUAACAUUAUAAAUAGUGCUCCUAUGGGUAAUACGUCAGCUACUUUUACUUCACGGCUAAUGAGUAAUAUACCAGAAAGAUCAGUGUAUCAACAAGGGCAGACUCCUAAUAUGUUAGGUGAAGCGUAUAGACCUAUUGGAAGAGAAGAUUUUCAGUUUAAAGACUUCUUACUUAACCAAGGCCAAAAAGUUGAAGAGGCAGAGAGUUUAGACGUAAAUGCUGCUGUACAUGGAAAUUGGACUAUCGAUAAUGCUAAAUCACGCUUAAAUCAGUAUAUACAAACAAACAAGUUAAAAGAACUAGAUUACAAGUACAGUUUUAUGGGAAAAAGUUUUGUUGCUGAAAUGUCAAUAUUUGUGGCCAAACUUAGAAGAAAUGUAACUGCUCGCGAGAGUGGUUCAAAUAAACAAUCGGCAUCUAAGAGUUGCGCUCUAUCUUUGGUUCGACAGUUAUAUCAUUUGGGAGUGAUUGAAGCGUUUACUGGUACACUAAAAAAAAGUGUUAAUCAGUUAAUUGAACCCUAUGAAGUUAAUGUCGAUCCAGGUAUAAUUAACAAUGUUAAUGAUGUAUUGCAGGAGUUUAAAAUUGAACCCAUUUCAGUUAUUAAGAAUGAUAACGAUGUUCAACCUGGAGAUGCUAUGUCACUUAUUACCAAUCAAGUGCUCUUCGAUUUUCAAGAACCUAAACCAUUUAGGGCAAGUGGAGUUAUACCGUGGUCACCGCCACAACCCAACUGGAAUCCUUGGUUAGCGAUUAACAUUGAUGAAGGCCCUCUAGCAACAGCCACAUUAAAACAACUGAGUGAAGAAAUGGCUAAAGAUCAUUUUGAAAAAUUUGAUUCUUUGUGCGGCUUAAAAGAAAGUAUUGAGGAGCGUAGUGCGCUACCAGUGUAUGCUAACAAAAACCAAAUCUUGAACACUAUAAAAAAUAAUUCAAUUGUUAUUAUACAAGGAAGUACAGGUUGUGGAAAAACUACCCAGGUUUGUCAAUUUAUUCUUGAUGAAUAUAUUACGAGUCGUCAGGGUUCAGACUGUAAUAUUAUAUGCACACAACCGAGGAAAAUUUCAGCUAUUUCUGUUGCUGACCGUGUGGCUUCUGAAAGAGUAGAAGAUAUUGGUCAAAGUGUUGGAUAUAGUGUUCGGUUCGAUAGUGUAUUCCCUCGACCAUAUGGUGCAAUUUUGUUUUGUACAGUCGGUGUAUUGUUACGUAAGCUGGAAGCUGGUAUGCGAGGUAUAUCACAUAUAAUUGUUGACGAAAUUCACGAGCGUGAUGUUAAUAGCGAUUUUCUCAUGGUUGUGCUGAAGGAUAUGGUUUAUAAUUAUCCUGAUCUCAGAGUUAUAUUUAUGUCCGCUACUAUUAACACCAAUUUGUUUACUAAGUAUUUUAAUAAUUGUCCAGUCAUUGAUGUGGAAGGGAGUUGUUUUCCUGUUAAGGAGUACUUCUUGGAAGAUAUUGUGGAGGUAUUAAAUUAUAAGCCAGUUCCGUACAAUAGAAAAGAUAAAAAUAAAGACAAAGAAGAAGAAACUAUUGUAGCGGGACAAGAACAAGAAGAGAAUUGUAAUUUGGUUGUGCCCGAACAGUAUUCUGCUGAUGUACGAGCAAAUGUAGCGAUAAUGAGUGAAAAGGACAUUGAUUUUGAUAUUGUAGAAGCCUUACUAAUGCACAUUGAAAAUAAUAUGAAGGUACCAGGUGCCGUUUUAAUAUUUUUGCCAGGAUGGAAUUUGAUUUUUGCACUGAACAAAUACUUGUCUCAAAAACCUUUUUACGCAUCUGGAAAGUUUUGUAUUUUACCACUUCAUUCGCAAAUUCCUUGUGCUGAUCAAAGGAAAGUUUUUGCACCUGUUCCUCCUGGUGUACGAAAGGUAAUUUUGUCCACAAAUAUAGCUGAAACAUCAAUAACUAUAAAUGAUGUAGUUUUCGUAGUUAACUGUGGCAAAGCGAAAAUAAAAUUAUUUACCACACAUAAUAAUAUGACCCAUUAUGCUACUGUAUGGGCUUCUAAAACCAAUAUGCAACAGAGAAAGGGUCGUGCAGGCCGUGUAAAACCAGGCUACUGUUUUCAUUUGUUUACAAAGGCUCGUUAUGAUAAACUUGAUGACCAUAUAGUACCAGAAAUAUUUCGUACACCUUUGCACGAAAUCGGUUUAGCUAUAAAAUUAUUACGCCUCGGAGAUAUUGGACAGUUUCUUAGCAAAGCUAUUGAACCACCUCCUAUUGAUGCUGUUAUUGAGGCUCAAGUGAUGCUCAAAGAAAUGAAAUGUUUGGGAAGUAAUGAUGAACUUACACCGCUUGGCUGUAUCCUAGCAAAAUUACCCAUUGAACCUCAAAUCGGCCGUAUGAUGAUUUUAGGCAACGCUUUAAUGCUCGGUAAUCCCAUUUCUAUAAUAGCCGCUGUGUGUUCUAAUAUGUCAGACGUUUUUGAAUUUGAUCAUAGAAUGACACCAGCUCAGCGGGCACUAUCGGGAAAUCGCUGUUCAGAUCAUUUAACCGUAUUGAAUGCUUUUCAACAGUGGGAGUCAUUGUACCAACGUAACAUUGACACAACUGAAUAUUGUGCACGUAAAAUGUUAUCUCAGCCCUCACUGACAACUACAGCAGACGUUAAAGAUCAGCUAAGAGAUCUUUUUAUCAAACUUGGAUUUCCUGAAGAAUGUUUUGAAACACAACGUUUUGAUUUCGGUAAAUUUGGUGUAUACGACGAGCCAUUAUUGGAUGUUAUUUCUGCAAUCUUAACUAUGGCGUUUUAUCCAAAUGUCUGCUAUCAUAAAGAAAAACGAAAGGUAUAUACAACUGAAGGAAAACCCGCACUUAUUCAUAAAUCUUCUGUCAACUGCACAAAUUUCAUGUCUGGAUCUUUUCCAUCACCAUUUUUUGUGUUCACUGAAAAAGUACGAACUAGAGCGGUGUCAUGCAAACAAAUGACUAUGGUCACACCUAUUCACCUCUUGUUAUUUGGAGCCAGAAAAAUUGAGUACACCAACAAUUAUAUUUGUCUUGAUAAUUGGAUAAAUUUAAAAAUGGAUGUCAACUCUGCUGCUGCUAUUGUAGCUUUACGUCCAGCCAUCGAAGGACUAAUUAUUAACAUUUCUGAAAACCCAGAAUUUAUAUUGACUAUGGAUGAGACUAAUGUAAAACUUUUAAAUACUCUGAAAGAAUUGUGUAAUUUUAAUACAGGAAGAUAUAACCUUUCACCUAUAUCAUUUGCUAAUAACAGUGGUAGUUCAUUCCGUAAAAGACCAAUGAGUGAUGACUUUAACUUGGGUGCACCGGAUUCCAAAAUAAUGUUUUCCAACAACCUAAAGUUUGAUCAAAGUAACAAUGCUUAUGGCAGAGGUACUUUUCAUAAUCAGCGUUAUAAUAACAGGGGAAAUUUUAGUCCGAGACGUGGAAACUUUGGAAGAGGUUUCAAUAGAGGAUUUGGUAACAACCGAGGAUUUGGUGGCGGAUACAGAAGUAGAGGACCUUACUAAUUUUUCAAUAUUUUUUGUACAUCUAAGACUUGAAGACAUAAAUUGUCACAUUUUUUUAAUACUACAAAUAACAUUUUGAUUAGUUCGUUUUUUGUAACAACAAUUUAUUGUAUGUAUCAUAAUAAAUUACAAUUUACUGUGUAUUAUAAA